AUGCUGCGUGGAGUCACGGAUAUGGCAACAUCCAGGGCUCGUGCUUCGAAGUAUGGUCAGGUGGAUGACGUGACUGACGUGCAGUCCGAUGCCCCGACUGCAGCAGAGGAGUCUUCGCAAGCUGGUGCUGCGAGAAUGCAGUUCGGCAUCUUUGACUCGAAGCCUUCGUCGGCUUCGGCGGCAGAUAAUAAGGGUCCCAAGACCAAGAAGCCACGUGCGAGCAAGAUGCCAGCAUUCCCGCUACCAUCGAACGCCGCUCCUCGGGAGCCAUCGCCCUCUCGCAGCAUCAACGAGCGGCCAGGUUUCUGUGCACAACCCCUCGGCUUCCGUGCAGUCGAUACUGCGGCAGGCAAGGGCAAUAAGAAGGCGAAGGAGCUCAUCACCAAGGCGACCGAGGCACUCGCGAAGCACAAGGACACCUUCAGCGACAGCAACGUCUGGACGAACAGGACUCGCCGGCGUAUCCUUGAGGCGGCCAUCAAAAGCCUUUCCAACCUUGCGAACCAGUUGCUCGCCUUGAACACCGACGCCGCCGACAGCUUGAGCCGGGACAUCACAGAGUGGGCGGAUCGAGCGGAAGUCCGUUUUGAUUCGUUGGCCAGGGUGCGGUCAAUGACCCUGGACUACGCCGAGAUUGAGUCUGUCGCUGAGGAGCAUUUGCAGCCCCUGCGAGAGCUUGGUGUGGCCAUGCUUUCCAAUGUGAUCCUCUUCGUGGCCGGUGAGUGCUUGAAGCACAUGGAGAAGGUUUGA